AUGUACAGUGGUAUUGAAUUUGUUGAUACUUGUGAAAACCGCGAAAAUAUACUUGAUGCCCUUGAUGACGACAUCCGCAGUCUUGCUGAUCGAUUUUUUCGAGAAGUGCAAUACAAAAAUGACAAUUUUCUGUUGAAUCCCUUGAAACCUGAAUUCGACAAUAUAACAAUUCUUUUAUUAUCUUGCCAUUCUAAUAUACUCAAAGAUUAUAAACUCCAGCAAUUAAAUUUUCAUUCGUACAAGCCUGUAGAGGAUCAAGAUAAUAGGGAAAAUGAUUACAAGAUAAAAUACGUUGUGCCUUUUGUUAAUUCUGUUUUCCAUGUCAAUGACAGAUUCCAAAUAUAUUGGGAUUUACCAUUCGAUUUCUAUGAUUGUUCAAAUAUGAGUAUCCAGCACUGUCAAACAUCAGAUGCCAAAUUUGUUGAAAUUAAUGGUUUGGAAAUUGGAGCUGUAGAAAUCAAACCAUUUCAUACAGCAGCUGCUGACAUCGAUAACGAAAUUGUACGGCUUGGUGAGAUAACCAAAAGAAUGCUUCAUAGAAGAGUGAUGAAGGCGAAAUCACUAAGGAAGUUUAUGACCUUUGGAGUCAUGGUUUAUGGCUUGAUUGUUGAAUAUUAUAUUCACCAGUAUCAUCCACCACAACCAUCAACAGCAUCAGCAUCUGCAGGAUCGUCAUUAUCAUACACAUUUAAAUUUAUCCAAAAAUGCAUGUUGCCAACGCUGUCAAGUACAUGCACCCGCAUGAUGCUGUCCUUGGAAUACUUGAUUUACUACAAGAAAUUGAUGGAAGACACUAUUGCUUGGGAUAGUGAUAUUGAUAAGCCAUAUCUCUAUAGUCCUAUUGAUAAUGGAUUUAUACCCACGGUAACAUUGUUGAAUUUAGGUUAG